AUGGAGCACCUAGCGCGCAACCCGGCUCCUCGAACUCAGGUGUACCACCUCAUGGCCGAAGGGAUGGCUUUCAAGGUCACGGUCGCUCUCCGUGCAUCAAGAGUGGAGAAGUGGAUCCGCGACGUGAAGAGGGACUUUCUCGACGCUGCAACAACCAAGUGCGUCGGCUUGGACUGCGAGUUCACCGACCCUCACGCGGGUGAUCAGCGCGUCGCCGUCCUUCAAUUCUCGGUGGCGUCCGAGACUUUGGUGUUCCAGAUUUGUUAUGUCGAUGACGUGCCACAAGUGAUCAAGGAGUUCUUGCAGGACAGGAACAUCAGAUUCUGCGACACGACUAUCGGCAAUGAUGUGCAAAUGCUAAGUCCCUACGACAUUCAUAUUACUUCUGUGUACAACCUCCAGAAGAUACUCCCGAACUCCACCAACAAGCCCAUUCCAAGUCUAUAUGAUCUGGCAAAGUCUACCAUUGGGACAAACCUUGAGAAGAAGAAGAGGAAAACGUACAAGAAGAUGGAUGUCGCUGCGCAAGAAAAAGAAGAUGAGCUCAUUUUUUGGAUACCCCAAUUUUCCAUUGAGCUACGAGCAAGUGCAUGA